AUGGCGCAGCAUUCGACAGGUUGUUUGCAUGCUCUUUUAUUUCACGACUCUCUUUGUGCUACUUUAUCUAAAUUAAAGUUAAGAUUCUUAUGCUGCAUUAAACCUGACUGUUCGUCAACUCAUCUAAGUAAUUAUUUACCUAGUCAGUCGAAGUGUAAGGCAACACUGCGGGAGGGCCUGCGGGUAUGCGGACGAUCACUGGGAGAAGGGUGUUGCAGUAGAAAAGUUCGGCAAGGAACAAAUAUGUUCGAAGAUAUUUCAAAAAGGAAUUGGACGCACAUGGCGAAUUUUCGUUCCAGAUGCGGGCUUACUGCCCAUUUCGUUACUGUGGCCAGGUCCUGUUCAUUUGAUCGUACAAAGCCGGCGUAUUCCUCUUGAAUCUGCAAGGAGCUGGAGAGAACUGUCCUCUUCAAUUUGCGUUCUGUAUCUUUCAGAAGCUGGCAUAUUUAAGAACCGCCGAAGCCAAUUCAGCGCAGCCCUCCCUAACUUGUCACACCUGGGCCUAGGACGGUUGCCAAUCCGCACGGGCUUCCUGAGCACUGAAGUUCUCAUCUCUGACUUAGUUAGGGAAACAGAACGGAGCUGUAGAGGGGCAUCGGGUGAGAGCGUGUGCCAAGGCUUGGGCGCAAACUAAGCAGGGGGUAUCAGAACACGAAUGCAGAAAGACGCAGGUUGCCGCAUGGGCAACAUGAUCGCGAAACGCAGGGCGAAGCAGAAUAGACAGGAAGCUCGUAUAUAGAAAGUUGAGGGGAGAUACCGACGACUGACUACGACUAUCACAUCCGUAUCAGCAAGGUCUGUGUGUACUUUUUUUCUGCACGGAGGCAAGAUUGGUGCCCCUGGUCUUCGAGUUCUAUUCAAGAUGAGACCAAACAAAGGCUGUAUACGCAUACACAUUUUGCUCGACGAGUCAUUGGAAGCACUUAAGACGACAGAGUCCCGUUUAUGUCUUGCCGUCGGCCCACAAACCUGGACUCCGUGGCACCAUUCAAAGUCGUGUAAGAGUUGAAAAAUCUGUGGCCCAUCCGCCAAGCAGAGUGGUCGCUUCCCCUGGGACCAUUCGUACAUGCCGUCGAGAGUCCGAGUCCGGGCUGUUUCAGGAGAUUUUCUAUUUUGGUGCACUUUUUACGAAAGCAUACUAGUCUGUCCCUGUACUUAGUCGAACUAAGUUUUGUAUAGGAGCAUGAUUCUGUGCCUGGUCCAUAAUUUUAAUGUCACUAGAGAGACUAAAUACAAUGUAACCGGUCAGGAGGGAAAAUAUUAAAAUUUUAACUGUAAAGUCUAAUCAGAAAAACGAGGCAGUCCUACAGAGCACUUCUCACUCCGGUUUAAGCCGCCAUCUCGUCUAAAUACCAAUCUUUUCCCAGAGGUUGUGUUUAGCAAAUGAUUUCCUCCUUAAAACCACUUUUUUAUAAUAUCCUUUUCGAAAAUUUUACACAAACAAAAUGCCAAGUUAGACACCACUUGUAUUCAGACUGGAAACGGAAACGUGAUUUUACUCGAUUUCUCUACUUGUUGACGUUUUUUUUUCAGUCAUAAUUCCUCGCAAUUUCUACCUGAUUGAUGAACUUGAAAAUGGACAGAAAGGUUUUAACGAUGGAACUAUUAGCUGGGGAUUGGAAGACAAUGAUGACUCCUCUUUGACAUCUUGGAAUGGCAUGAUAAUCGGCCCUGCAAAAACAGCGUUCGAAAAUAGAAUCUACACGUUAAAUAUUAGGUGUGGAGAGAACUAUCCUGACGUUGCUCCGGAAGUCAAGUAAGACCUCAACGUCUUUAUUUUUUUCUAUUUUGUGUACUUAGCUAGCUGACACAUUUUCGACCUUUUGUUCAGAAAAAGUGCUAAAAGCUCGAGACCCCAUUUACAAUUCACUUGAGUCAACUGCUUGCCGUGAAAUGGCAAUGUUAAGCACCCUUUAAGGCUAUAGGGCGGCUUCGUUUAUUAUGGGUUUUGUGGUACAUCUCAAGUGUCGAUGAUGUCGUAUUCCAUUGAUUCGCAAUUCCUCUUUCAAUAUGUAUUCGCAUUUGAAAUUCUGCCUGUUUUAUGUUAACGUAUUCAGUUGGCUCCAUACUCUAAAUUAAUCGCCUCUUCAGUUAUCCCUUCCCGUCCCCACCUGUAGCUCAGCCGGUAAAUAUGCUAGUCAGGCAAACUGUAGACCUUGGGGCCAUGACUGUACUCAAAGUCUUCAACCUGUUCUUAUUUUUGCCAGACUGUCCCCUCACUUCUCACCUGAAUUCCGAAAUUGGUAAACGAUCGUCUUCGGGUCGCCGUAGCGACAGACAGCGUUUUCAGUCAUUGAGUGUGAGAAGUAAAAUGGGCUGGUCGUGUCUCCAGCCAACUACAGUCCUUCGUUAGAUAGGUGAUUGGAGGAACAAAUUCAAGAUGUGAUUGCAUCGCGGUGUUGUGAAGGCGUUAGUCGUUCGCUCAGCCAGAGAAUGGCGCCUAAAUGCAAUCAGUCGUUCAUUUACAGGCGCUCAGAUUCUUCUGGCAGAGACCAUAUUAACUGAUAGAAGCGAACAGGCGAGUUCCAGGUAGCAGUUCAGAAGACGAAGAUGCGAUCACGACCCCAGCGGUGAUUGCGAGAACUGUUAAUUGCAGUGCGCAUACAGUCCCACGGCAGCCACGUGCUGCAAAUACUACACGCCUUGAGCCACCACCUUUAUCUGCGAAUGUCUCUGAUUAUGGAUUCGAGUGAGAAUCCAAAACAUCGGGCCAAUAAACUUCUUGUUCCUGUGAUCGUAUCUUCGUCUUCUGAACCAUAUUAACUAUUAGCUUGUUUGUUUCUGGAUGAUACGACACUUAAUCAUUGGUUGAGGGAUAAUUCGGUGGUCGGACCACGUGCCGACGAGAUCACUGACGAACCCGCCGCCCAGUUGUUUCUGGCAAGACCUUAAUCACAGUUGACUCGUAUGAGUGAGAUUGUACCUCGUCAUCGCCUGCCAAGGCUCCAGCGGUAAUCUUUCCCCUUCGAAGUAAUAGAACCGUAAUUGGUGACGGCCUGCCAGCUGAGGUCUACAAGUUGUUCUGGUGUUUUGUUCGAAUGGCCUAAGAAGGUAUUUAGAUUUCUGGCGCAUCGAGUAUGUUCUAUGGGACUAGAGCAAUACCGCUCUACCUCUCCUCUGCAAGAAGGGAAACAAGGCGGAAUGCCGCAAUCGAAAAAUCAUCAGCCUAACCGACGUCGCUAUGACGUCUUCAGUAGAAGCCUCAACCAUCAUCACUCCACCAAAGAUAUACUGACAGGAAAAACAACGGCGACUUUCGUCCCCUGCAGAAGAUACGUUGACAAGGUGUAAACUGCAGCGAUUGAAUCUGACAGCAAUUAUGGAAUCCAGUCUGAUAUUCGGGAAUGGGGCGCAAACUAAACACAAAUCGCUGGGGACUUAACGACAAUAACAUAGUAUAGCUUGUUAUGGGUCGUGACACCAUGGCCUUGCGGUCUUCAGUUUGCGUGACGGGCGUGCCAAAUGGCUAAAUUUUGACCAAGAGUCUACUCUCGACCGACUUAAGUGGAAGGUAGUCGUCCGCGAUGUAAUGAAUUUGCAACAAACGGCCGGCCAAAUCACCUGGAACGAGCGCCGUUUGACUAAGUGCAAUGCGUUCCUUUCGUCGGAAUAUCGCGCCGGUUAGUGAGGCCACCAUCACGCUUUCCUUGUCUCUGAUCUCUAAGGUCCUAUAAAACCGACUGUCAUUGUUAACUGAUCGCGCUCUAUUUCCGUUUCCGUAUUUAAACGCGACCGUGUCGUACAAGAUGUUUGAUCUCGUGGCGCGCGUUUCUAAAUUCUCCUCCCAAAAGUGAGCUACCCCUACUUUACGAGGCACUGAGGUCGUCGAACUGAAGAUCCAUCCCUACUGUUGUAAAGCACGUCCUGAAAAGCAUUCUGGGGGGAUUUUAUCUAGUCUUCGGGGGUCCUCUUAUUCAACUAAAAACUCCCAAGUGCAAGUUCUUAUCCAUAUCAGCGCGUCGAAGUCUUCGGAGGUAGCCAGACAAAAGCCCUUGGCUGUGGCAGUCGCCAAUAUAUUUUACGGGAUUUCAUGCAUUACGACACCCCGGAAUCUGCGUUGCCACUGAGUCCUCGCUUCUCUUAAAUCCUUAACGUUUGUUUACCUGGGUAUGUGCACUAGAACCAUCAGUCGCCGGUCAAUUGUCCAAAAUCUCCUUACAUUGGCGUCUGUUGUGACCUAGCAGCUGUUGCGGGUUUUGACUGAAGAUGCUUCAGGGACGAACGUAGCGUGUCAUUGUGAAAAGCCUAGGUGGCCGGCUCUGUUUAGACGCCGAGUCUAGGUGGGGGAGGAGAGAGUGCGGUAGAUGCUGCGCAAGUCCACAUUCACUAUAAGCUAAAUUACGUGCAAGUCGCCGUCCCUACUCCGCCUUGCAGUGGAGCACACGGUGGAUAUCGUUGAAACCAAAAGUCGAACCAUCAGGCAGCUAGCUAGCAAGCUGUUGCGGUCACAGUAGGCUCAUGGCGGUACGUGCCGUCUCAAAACAGCUCUCGCAGCCUGUCGACUGUUCCUCCGCGGAAACAGGAGAUGGAACCUUAAGUUAAAACCCUGUCACAUUAGGGGGUUUUGAUCGGCGUCUUGCAUCGCUGUUCCGUGAUGCCCGGACUACUUUAUAGCCGGCAUCGUCAGCUAGGUAGGCUUCCCAUUACAAGUGCUUAUCUGCAAAUUUUCUGUCCCUUUCCUCAUAUUAGCAACUACUGCGAUUUGCCGAAAAUAUUCUACGCCCAGCCUAAGGCAUGAUUUGAUGGCAAGGCAAUUGGGCAGUUACAAGUAAUCAGGAAGCAGCUUUACUGCUAUCCUUUAGUUUCCUUGACGAAAUCUCGAAACAAAACUUAAAAAAACACCCUGUAGUCUAACCUUUGCGUUCAGCAUACCGAAGGAGUUAUUCGUAUUGUUCGCAAACCUCGAGAUGAAUUCGUUCGCGACUGAUAAAGCAUAUUUUGCGGCAUUAUUUUUGUCACUGAAGGUCGGCCCCAAUGAGACCUGAAAACCUUUGGUUUUGGCCACUUUAAACUCAAAUACAAGUUACACGCGUUUGUUUCUUCGAUUUUUAAUUAACAGCGUCUCCAUAUUAUCACUAGGUUUCUCACAAAAAUCAACAUGGACUGUGUCGACAGCACGGGAAAAGUGAGUCAGUUUUCGUUUUGCCGACUGAACACUCCCUUUUCUGCAUGCUGGCACAUAACAGUUACACAUUUCAUUAAUGCCCAUGUGCUUAAAUUACACGUGUCUUCGCUUGUGGCAGUCACCACCACCACCACCACCACCACCACCACCACCACCACCACCACCACCACCACCACCACCACCGCAAAUGGGUCGUUCACUCUUCACGGAAUAA